UCCAGGACAGAGAGAGAUUAGUAGUUUGUCUGCUGUGUCCAGGUGAACUCGAAAGCAUUGUGCUUCCACUUUUUCCUACUUACUGAGUUUUACGGGACCAUUUGCUGCUUUUUCGGCACUAAAGGACCUUGACAGUGCAAACCUUUUGGGGAACUACAGGAUCUGAGGAAAAUUUAAGAGGAAAACGUAAAGGUGUUUCAUCUCAGUUGCUGGGCCUAGAACUAAUGGCAGACAAUGUCGACAACUAACAACAUAGCACAAGCCAGAAAGCUGGUGGAACAGCUCCGCAUUGAGGCUGGAAUUGAAAGGAUUAAGGUCUCCAAAGCAGCAUCUGAUCUAAUGAAUUAUUGUGAACAGCAUGCCCGGAAUGAUCCCUUGCUGGUUGGAGUCCCUGCCUCUGAGAAUCCAUUUAAGGACAAGAAACCUUGCAUCAUUCUAUAGCUCUGCACUCAGCAACGUCCACACUGGCAGAAGGUUUUGUUGGUUAACAGCGAGCAGGAGAAACUUUUACUGUUAGAGUUAAACAGAAUUUUAAUACAAAUUGGUAAAACUGGUUUUGGGGUUCUCAUGGGUGGGGAGACAUAAUUUUGGGCAUUUGUGAGAAACAAAUGCCCAAGGCCACAUUUCAACCACUAGCUAAAUAUGAAAAUUUGCUUGCAGUGUACAGAUUCACUGCGUGAGCACUGAUAUUUAUAUUAACAAAUUUCACCAAACUGCAUCGUAUGGUUGGCUGGGUAAUAUUUUCUGACUGGAUGAUCACUAUCAACUGCAAUCUGAUUUGAAUUUUAAGAGUCAUUUGUGCAAGUUUACUUGCAGGUCUGUUACUGAAAAAAAUGAAAAGAAGUUUUUUUUACAUAA